CUCCCGCCGCGGUAUUUGCCUGAGGGGCGGCGCCGGGCGCGGACCCGCCCGCUUCCGCCCCGCGCCGAGGCCGGGCUCGGCGCCGCUCGGCCCCCGCGGGAGCGGCUUCCGCCUGCGGCCGGCCCUCGCUCGCCCGGCGGGAGCAUGACCCAGGCGGAGAAGGGAGAGGCGGAGAAUGGGAAGGACAAGGAGCGCGACCGGGAGCGCGAGCAGCGUGGCGUCAAGCGGCCCAUCGUACCCGCCGCCGUGCCCGAGUCCCUGCAGGAGCAAAUACAGAGCAACUUCAUCGUGGUGAUACACCCCGGCUCGACGACCCUGCGGCUGGGGAGGGCCACGGACACGCUGCCCGUGGGCAUUCCGCACGUCAUCGCGCGGCGGCACAAGCAGCAGGGACAGGCGGCCUACAGAGACAGCUGGCUCCUGCGGGACGGGCUCAAUAAACCUGAAAGUACUGAGCAGAGACAAAAUGGCCUUAAAAUGGUGGACCAAGCAAUAUGGUCCAAAAAGAUGUCAAACGGUGCAAGGCGUAUACCAGUGUCACCUGAUCAGGCCAGGUCAUACAACAGACAGAUGCGGCCAGCUAUUUUAGAUCACAGCUCUGGGGCCAAGUGGACAAACACAUCAAAUCAUCCUGAAUUUUUGGUAGGAGAAGAGGCACUGUAUGUUAAUCCACUAGAUUCUUAUAAUAUACAUUGGCCUAUUAGAAGAGGACAGUUGAACCUCCACACAGGACCUGGUGGCUCCCUCACCGCUGUAUUAGCAGACCUUGAAGUUAUAUGGUCACAUGCAAUACAAAAAUACCUGGAAAUACCAUUGAAAGACUUAAAGUACUACAGGUGCAUUUUACUAAUUCCAGACAUCUAUAACAAACAACAUGUGAAAGAACUGGUAAAUAUGAUCCUAAUGAAGAUGGGCUUCUCAGGAAUUGUUGUACACCAGGAGUCUGUCUGUGCUACUUUUGGAAGUGGUUUAAGCAGCGCGUGUAUAGUAGAUGUGGGAGAUCAGAAGACAAGUGUUUGCUGUGUAGAAGAUGGCGUUUCCCAUCGCAACACCAGGCUGUGCCUUGCGUACGGAGGAUCUGAUGUGUCAAGGUGUUUUUAUUGGCUUAUGCAACGAGCAGGAUUCCCAUAUAGAGACUGUCAGUUAACUAAUAAGUUAGAUUGCCUGCUGCUUCAGCACUUAAAGGAGACAUUUUGUCAUCUAGACCAGGAUAUUUCUGGAUUGCAAGACCAUGAGUUCCAGAUUCGUCAUCCAGAUUCUCCAGCUUUAUUAUACCAGUUCCGAUUAGGAGAUGAAAAAUUACAGGCUCCAAUGGCUCUGUUUUAUCCAGCAACUUUUGGAAUUGUUGGGCAAAAAAUGACAACUUUGCAACAUAGGUCACAAGGUGACCCUGAGGAUCCUCAUGAUGAACAUUAUCUGCUAGCCACACAAAGUAAGCAGGAGCAGUCUGCAAAAGCUACAGCUGAUAGAAAAUCUAUGUCAAAGCCUGGUGCGUUUGAGGGAGACUUGAGAGGCCAAGCCUCAGAUAUUUCAGAGAGGAUCUACCCACAAGAAGUGGAACUGGGGUCUUCCCAGAGUGACUGUAUGAUACCUGGAAAUGAUUCAGAAGAACCUUUAGCUGCACACAUGUCCAGGAAAACAGCUGUUUCUCAGUUUGAAGGCAAAGCCUUAGGCCUUGACAAAGCCAUUCUUCAUAGUAUUGACUGCUGCGCAUCUGAUGAUACAAAGAAGAAGAUGUACAGCUCCAUCUUAGUAGUGGGAGGAGGCCUUAUGUUUCAUAAAGCUCAAGAGUUUCUCCAACACCGAAUUCUCAACAAAAUGCCACCUUCUUUUAGAAGAGUCGUUGAAAAUGUUGAAGUCAUCACAAGACCUAAGGAUAUGGAUCCUCGCUUAAUUGCAUGGAAAGGAGGUGCAGUUUUAGCCUGUCUUGAUACAACUCAGGAGCUGUGGAUAUAUCAGCGAGAAUGGCAGCGGUUUGGUGUCAGAAUGCUACGAGAGCGAGCUGCAUUUGUAUGGUAAUGGAUAUGUUUACAGUGGAACAUGAUUAAUUGAGGAUUCCUCUCCCCAAGUGCCCCCAUUUUCCAGUGCAGAUGUAUUGAUCUUCAGCUGAUAGAUAUUUUUGUAUUUUAUUAAAACUAACUUCAACAGAUUUUUUUCCAAAAGUGGUGCAAAAGUCUUCAGCAUUGCUAUACUUCAUCUUCUGAAUUGUAUCCAUUGAAUUCUGUGUACGGAGUAUCACAGUCAUCUCCAAAUGCCCUACAUUUAUAUUAUAUAGGUUCUGAAUAUUAAAAUUGCACAGUGUGGGAAUUUGAGGUAUAAAAUAUUGACAUGGUAAGUGUUAAGCCAAGAUUCAUUCCAGAUACAUGUACACAAAAGCUAUAGCUGAAGAGUGCAGGCUGUGGGUUUACUUCCUUAUUCUCAUUCAUUACUCUAAUGUUACCAGGAGGUAAAAUUGUUACGUAAGUGAUCAUCAUGGAAAAAGUGGAACGCAGAACCCAAACUGCAGUUGCUGUUGGUAUUUUCCUUAUAUAAUAAAUUAUAUUAUUCAGUGGAAAGA